AUGUCCGCCGCGACGCCGCCGCGACCCAAUGUCAGCACACGCAUGCCAAAGGGUGCAAAGAGGCCCAAAGCCUCUCGAGCCUGCCUGGCAUGCCGCAAGCUGAAGGCCAGGUGCGAACCCUCGCGCGAGAUCCACAUCGACCCCUCCACCGACGCCAACGCCACUGCUCCCCUCUACAUCUGCCACCGGUGCAAGACGCUCUGCCUCGACUGCUCCUACGAGACCGCAGAGGGCCAGAUCGUCGCAGCUCUGCCAAUCCCGGAAGGUCCCUCGCCCUCGACGUCCUCCGGCUCCGACGCCAGAGCUGCGAACAACAAGCGGCAGAGAGCAACCGACCCACUGGCAGAUGAGGGACCGUACUCGGGCAACCCUCGGGCCAUUAUCCUGGCGCAAGGGAUCACGCCGCGGCCGCUCGUCAAGCCUCUCUAUCGGCGUGUGCACCUGACCGGUCUGCAGCGCUCUCCCCGCGAGUACCCGGAGCGCUUUCUCAACGUCUCUGGUACGCUGGCCAGGCUCGUGGGCCGACGCCCGGAGAUGAAGCCCGAAGCCGUCGAGUACCUCCUCGACUGGUACGACGUGCAGGAGCCAAUGUCGCCGGACCGCCGCGCUCAUCUCGCCUCUGCACUCUGUGCGGGCAGGCUUGCGGCUCCGAUCAUGCAACGGCAGAGCGCCGUGCCUCCAGAUCCGAUCGACGACAUCGAGUACCUCAAGGUGGCAAUGCAGCCCUUCGAGACGCGGCUCUUUACACUAUAUACCGGCAUCUACUCCCACUACGCGCCGAUGCUCUCGAUUCCGAUUUCGAGCACGGGCUCUCUGCGCUCUUGCCGGACGGCCUCGGAGGUGUUCAAGCUCCUGGCCGCCCUCCUCGUCGCGCUUCCUCACCUGGACGACUAUCCCGAGCUCGCCAAGUGCCGCAAGCCGCUUCGCAGAGCGGUCGAUGCUCUUCUGCGGCGAUCGCUGCAUUCGCCAAGCCGCGAGUCCGACACCAUAUUCGCCCUCCACUGCUGCGCGACCAACCUGCUGAAUCCCGUCGACGGCUUCGUCGUGGACAGCCGGCCAUUUGUCUCCGGCCGAGAAGAUGACGACGGCCUAUUGCAGUUUGCGCGGGACCUCAAUCCCCGAGCUGCCCUGAUCACCGCCAUGAACAUCGCCUACGAGCUGGGCUACCACCAAGACACUCAGGCGCUCAAGUACUUUCGCAUCUCUCACGAAAAGGCACUCAGUCUCGGCCAUGAUGAGUCGCACGCGCGCCACAUCUUCCAGCGCGCCAUUGAGCGAGCCGUGCUGUGGAUCGGUCUGCAGCAGGCCCGGACCGCUCUCGACCUCGCCGAGGACCGCUUGGAAUGGAACAGCCUGCAGCAUCUCGAGAAACAGAUCCCGCGGAUCGAGGCAAAGGAAGUCAUCAAGGAGCUCGAGCCGAUCCCGACGUUUCUGACGCCCAGGGAACGCGGACGGUGCCUCUGGAUCCUCAAGCGUGCACAGCUCUACGAGAUGACGAUGGAGUUCCUGGAACUGCGGCCGGGCCCAGGCGUCCUGUUAGAUCGCAAAUACGCCGAGAAGCGUUCGGCGGCAUGCAAGGACGCCUUCGACGAGUGGCGUUCCGACUUUCAGGAGGAGAUGCGCGCACCGAGCGCGGCUUUCCGCAACAACGACCCAAGCGGCCUUGCCCUGCAUCGCUUCUUUACGCGUUUCACGACAAUGGAGAACCUUGCGCUGCAUUCGCUCGUGGGCCACGGCUACUAUCGCGAGAUCAUCAAGGACUUUCGCAAGCGAUCCAACGAGGUCUACAGUCCCGACGGGCAGAUCUGGAAGUCGGCCCCCUCGAUCUGCUGUCGGCAAGACGACGAGCCGCUGUUUCCCGCAUUCCUUCUCAACUACUCGUUCUCGCAAAACACGAGCAAGUUCCUGGGCAUGUCGGCCGUCCUCUGCCCUUCGAUCCCGCAGGUGUACGACUUCGUGUCCUGGGAGCCGACGACUUCGACAGAGAUACCUGGCCCGUCGUUGCUUGCCCUGCCGACGCUCGAAGCGGGCCUGUUCGCCCUCCCGGUCCUGAUGUCCGCCGAGGUCAGGCUGCCCAUCAUCGAGUCGUGGGCUCAUGCGGCCUCCCACUUCAAUCCUUUCCUGCUCUCGCUCGUGUCGUCGUACGUCAAGACGCUCAGGUCCAUGCACGUGACGGUCGAGCUCCCUGGCGUCCUCAAGAUGCGGUUCUCCGCCGCCAACGCCUUGGCCGACCUCCUCCAGGGGCCGCUGGAAAUGCUGAUGCGCGUCAUGGCGGCCGGGGAGCUCAGCCUCGACGAUCCGAACCUGGAGAGCGUGCUGGGGUCUUCGUUCAGCAUCCUGGCCCAGUUCCAGCAGAUGGGCAUCAACGCAAAGCAGGUGCGCAAGGAGGCUCCGGACGCGCUCCUGGCGGUCCUGGAUCCAAGCGGGCCUUCCAAGGGCAAGGGCAGGGGCAAAGGCAAGGAAGCCAAGGCCAGCCCCGCCAAUGGCACCGUCCAGGAGGCGUCCGACUCGGAGGAGGACUCGCUGUACGACACAGUCAACGGUCUGACGACCCAGAUCUUUGGCCGGGACAGCCUCAAGGGCGACGUGCGGUCUCGGUCGACGCAAAACUCGGUCAAAGACGAAGGGUCGCCGUACUCUGGCCGCGGCACCAGCCGCGCUGGCUCGGUAGAGAGCACGCUGGCCGCUCAACGCUCGCCGCCGACGGGGUCGAGGGGCAGGAACCUGGAUGCUGCUCCUGGGCAUCUGGCUGCGGCUGCGCAUUACCCUUACCAAUCGCUCUCGCCAGAGACAUUGGGCCUGCCAGUGUCGAUGCCGAUGCCACCCCCCGCUCACCAAGCCGCCAUCAGCGCAGCUGGAUUGACCGGUGCGCUUCAGGAUCAUCUGCGCAACGCGCCACUUGCGACGCCUUCGGCGCUGGCCUCUGACGGCAGCGAUCACCACGGCACUCUAGCGGAUCCGGCAGCGACGUUUGACUUUCUCGGCGCGGGUUACAACCCAUCGAGCAACCAGGAGGAGCUGCGCAGCGACCAGAUGGAAGGUGCGCAGGCUCGAGCGGAGGCCUGGUUGUCCCAAGGAGCCCAACCGCAGGCGACGUCCCAGCAACACCCUCAGGCAGCCUGGCAGUCCGGCUACACGAUGCAGCAUGGCCACUCGAUGAGCGGCAGCAGCGGUGUCGGCAGCGUCCCCUUUUCCGGCCCGGCACCAUCGCAGAUCGAGGGGCCCUCAUCGUACAUGCCGGACUCUGCGACCACGUCCCACAUCCAGAUCUAUGGACUCCCGGACUUUUCCGGCCAGGGGCAGCAGGCCAACCAUGGCGGCGGCUACCCAUCCUUCAAUGGCCACGGCGGCGACCAAGAGGCGACCGGCUACGUCGAAGGCGUCGUGUUUGACCCGACCUCAACCCCGCACCCGAGUGGCACGCCACAGCCCGCGCAGCAGCAGCAGCGCAUGCAGCACCAGGGCGCAGCGUUCCAGCCGCUGUCGCACCAGCAACAGCACCAGCAACAGCAACCGCAGCAGCAGCAGCGCCUGAUGCACCAGCAGCAGCCUGGUCAUUUCCAGCCGUCUCAGGCCCCGCAGCUUUCGCCGCUGCCGCAGCAGCACGUCUCGCAGGAUUAUCUCCAGCAUCAGCAACAGCAGCACCAGCAGCACCAGCAGCACCAGCAGCACCAGCAGCACCAGCAGCACCAGCAGCACCAGCAGCACCAGCAGCACCAGCAGCAACAGCAGCAGCAACAGCAUUCGCGACAUAGCUCCGUCAAUCAAUUCCAGCCAGAUUCGCGGCAGCCGAACGCUGCGACCGGCCAGCAGCAUCAGCAUCCGCAACAGCAUCAGCAGCACCCGCAGGUGCGCCAACAGCACGAAACGAGCCGAAUGCACCAGCUGCAGCAACUACAGCAGCAGCUCCACCAACAGCAGCAGCAGCACCAGCAGCAGGGCUACGCCGCAUCGCAGCCGUUCCUGCCCCACGUGCCCGCGCCCGCGUCGCUGCACCACUUCCAGAGCUCGCACCCGCACCCGAACCCGAACCCCAGCUCGGCUGCCGGAUCCUCCAACAACGCGGCAGAGUUCGGAGCGUCUUCGGUGACGGCCGCGCCGGCGACUUCGUCGGCCUCGAACAUGUGGGACGCCUACCGCGUCGAGGCGCCGCAGCAGCGCAGCACGCCGCCCACCUACACCUAG